GGAGGGUCGGUCUAUUUUGCGUUUGUUUUACCUAUAAGUCAUGAGUAGAGAAAGAAAAGCAAUAUACAAAUAGUAGAGUUAGUGGAAGUGGGAUUGUUGGAGAUCAAUCUGGGAUCCCUUGUUUGGGGAAAGGAAAUCAAGAGUGGAGAUGAGAGGGAAUUCCAACAAUAAAAAGUAUUGUUGCUUUGAUUUACGGUACCUUCUCCUCCUCGCUGCUCUCGCCUUCAUCUACAUACAGAUGCGGCUUUUCGCGACACAGUCAGAAUAUGCAGACCGCCUUGCUACUGCAAUUGAAGCAGAAAGUCAUUGUACAAGUCAGACUAGGUUGCUUAUUGACCAGAUUAGCCAGCAGCGAGGAAGAGUAGUGGCUCUUGAAGAACAAAUGAAGCGCCAGGACCAGGAGUGCCGACAAUUAAAGGCUCUUGUUCAGGAUCUUGAAAGCAAGGGCAUAAAAAAGUUGAUUGGAAAUUUGCAGAUGCCAGUGGCUGCUGUAGUUGUUAUGGCUUGCAAUCGUGCUGACUACUUGGAGAGGACUAUCAAAUCCAUCUUAAAAUAUCAAACACCCAUUGCGUCAAAAUUUCCUCUUUUCAUAUCUCAGGAUGGAUCAAAUCCUGAUGUUAGAAAACUUGCUUUGAGCUAUGAUCAGCUGACAUAUAUGCAGCACUUGGAUUUUGAACCUGUGCAUACUGAAAGACCAGGGGAGCUGAUUGCAUACUACAAAAUUGCACGCCAUUACAAGUGGGCACUGGAUCAGCUGUUUCACAAGCAUAAUUUUAGUCGUGUUAUCAUACUAGAAGAUGAUAUGGAAAUUGCUGUUGAUUUUUUUGCCUAUUUUGAGGCUGGAGCUACUCUUCUUGACAGAGACAAGUCGAUUAUGGCUGUUUCUUCUUGGAAUGACAAUGGACAAAGGCAGUUCGUCCAAGAUCCUUAUGCUCUUUACCGCUCAGAUUUUUUUCCUGGUCUUGGAUGGAUGCUUUCAAAAUCAACUUGGGCCGAACUAUCUCCAAAGUGGCCAAAGGCUUACUGGGAUGACUGGCUAAGACUCAAAGAAAAUCAUAGCGGUCGACAAUUUAUUCGCCCAGAAGUUUGCAGAACAUACAACUUUGGUGAGCAUGGUUCUAGUUUGGGGCAGUUUUUCAAGCAAUAUCUUGAGCCAAUUAAGCUAAAUGAUGUCCAGGUUGAUUGGAAGUCAAUGGAUCUUAGUUACCUUUUGGAGGACAACUACAUGAAACAUUUUGGUGACUUGGUUAAAAAGGCUAAGCCCAUCCACGGAGCUGAUGCUAUUUUGAAAGCGUUUAACAUAGAUGGUGAUGUGCGUAUUCAGUACAGAGAUCAACUAAACUUUGAAGAUAUCGCACGGCAGUUUGGCAUUUUUGAAGAGUGGAAGGAUGGUGUACCACGGGCAGCAUAUAAAGGAAUAGUAGUUUUCCGAUAUCAAACAUCUAGACGUGUGUUCCUUGUUGGCCCUGAUUCUCUUCAACAACUUGGAGUUGAAGAUACUUAGCAAAUAUAUGAUUGGAUCCUAGGCAACAUUUGAUUUGGGUAGGAUAAGAGCUGACAGAAAAUUAAAAGGGCCGAGUUGCAUACAGCGAAACUUUCUAAUGUUAAUGGACUGUUUCAAGGGAUGUUGGAUUAAUAUCUAUCACCACAACAACUUAUUAUUCAAAGUGUUACAACUAUAAACAACCAUACGUUUUGCUUUAAUCUAAGAAGGACCGUUACAGUUAUUGAGCAUAUUAUAUUUUUGAAGAAAUACAUGCAUUCUCUUCUCAUUUUGGAAAAA